AUGGGCGCCGGCAGCUCCAAGCCCGAGGCCUCGGCCGGCUCGACACACGUUUUCACGAGCAACUCCCCCGUCCAAUUCUCCUCCAACCUAGUUGAGUCCCUCCAGAACAACACCGAGACCGACUCCUCCCGCGCCAAAGCCCUCGAACUCCAGAUCCAAGAGCGCGUCUCGGAAGAACUCGAACGCCUCCGCGCCCGGGAACAGCAGACCCUCGCGGAGAUCGAGAAGCGUCUCGCCGAAGUCAAAGACACCGCCACCUCUUCCUCUUCAUCAGCAUCCUCCACAUCCACCCCGAACAUCGCCUACCCGCCGGGCUCGCUAAACCUGGAUGCGCCCCGCAUCCCCUUCGCCGGCCGCGAGGCCACCCCCGCCGCUGCCGCGGCCCCGGAGGCCCAGAAGCCCAUCAAUCUGGAUGUGUCGCGGGACUCGGUGAACUCGGAGAUCGAGGAGCUGCGCGCCCGGCUCGAGGGCCGGCGGCGGUUGGCGCAGCUGGACGGGGAGGUGGAGAAGGCCCGGGCGGAUGUGGUGGGUUGUCUGCGGUUGAACGACCGGCGGCCGCUGAACUGCUGGAAGGAGGUGGAGAGCUUCAAGCGCGAGGUCGCGAAGAUGGAGGAGGCGUUUGUGGACCGGAUUGUUGGUUAA